GUCAUGCCUAUAAAAGCACACCAUUGCACUAGAGUUGGAAAAUAAAAAUUCACCGAGUCUUAAUGCUUUAAGCGUUGAAACAAAAGAUUCAUUCUCAUCUCGCCCUAUCUUCCUAGAAUCUGAUCGUAUUUUUCUUGACUUCAUCAUAUCCCGAUUUCAGACUGUAUUUUCUUUAAAUCGGGGUGAUUUAGAACAGAUAUCACAUGUUAUUUGUGUAAAGGUUUCAUUUUUAUUCGUUACAAAACUGGUGUGAUCAAAAACUGUUUGAUCAAUUGCCUCAAUCAAAACUUUUUAACUCUGUUUUCAGCAAAAACAAUCUGAAUCAUCUCUUUUCUCGAUUCAAAUCCAUGGCGGCAGCUAUAGAUACAUAUAACUCCGGAAACAGUCAAGUUUUCUACGCAGAUUCCUGCAGAGAAGAGCUUAUGCAAGCACUCCAACCUUUUAUGAAAACUUCUCCUUCUCCUUCUCCAAACACUUUCUCCCAAAUCCUCCAAAAUCAGAGCCAAUUCUCGGGCUUCCUCGGGCCGAGGCCCGCCCCGAUGAAGCAGCCCCCGAAGCCCGCGAAGCUCUACCGAGGAGUGAGGCAGAGGCACUGGGGCAAAUGGGUCGCCGAAAUCCGACUCCCCAAAAACAGAACACGCCUCUGGCUCGGCACUUUCGACACGGCCCAGGAGGCCGCCUUGGCCUACGACAAGGCGGCCUUCAAGCUCCGAGGGGAAUUCGCGAGGCUGAAUUUCCCUCACCUCAAGCACCACGAAUUCAAACCCUUGCAUUCAUCAGUUGAUGCAAAGCUUCAAGCCAUUUGUGAUGGCUUGGCAGAGUCUCAGAAACAGGGGAAAACAGAGCAUAGCUGUGAUUUUUCGACAGAAACCGAUGCUUCCCGCCUCCUGCUGAGUGUGAAAUUGGAGGCCUCACCGUCCGAGGAGGUGUCGUCUCUCUCCCCGGAAUCGGACGCUGCUUUCUUGGACUUCUUCUCAGAGCCUUCUUUUGGUGAAUGUGAUAAUUUGCUUCUUGAGAAAUACCCCUCAGUUGAGAUAGAUUGGGCUUCUCUCUAAGGUUUGAGGAAAAUUAGUUUUUUUUUUUUUUGUUUAAAAGAUUUGUGGAAUUCUGCAAUGAAGUUUUUGGCAUGUGCAGAUUUUGUUCAUGAAUCUUAUUUUGUGUAAUAGUUCAAAAUGUAAGAUGAUCUCAAUCUUGGUCUGCAGGUGAAUUUUUUUCCAUGUAUGACCAUUUUUAGAUUUUGUUGCUUGUACCACCUCUUUUCUACUACUUAAUUAAGGAAACUUCCUUUGUAAAA